AUGGAUUUUAUUGACGAUUUCAUAGAGGAAUACAAAGUGAAUCCGUGCUUAUGGAAAGCGGAUUCCGUGGACUUCAGAAACAGGAGCAAACGGCAGGAGGCUUACAUGAAGCUAAUAGAAGUGGCGACUAAGCAUGGAGAGAUGUACAAUGUGGAAAGAACAAAGCAAAAGAUAAACAAUCUGCGGUGUGCAUUUCGUCAUCAAUUAAGAAAAUGUAAUGAAAUUAAAAAGAAAGGCGAGAAAUUUGAGCCCUACUGUCCCAAGCGGCGAUAUUUUGAGUCGCUUAUGUUCCUAAAAGACGAAGAAAUUCCUGAUAAAAAGACAAAGCGUCACGAUAACCCCCCGCUGCAGCAACAAUAUUCCGAGAGCACUGUAACUUUAAUCCCGGCGGAAAACUGUGAAGAACUAUCCGAUGCCGAGAGUCUGCCAAAGCCACAAAAAGCGGAUAAUCAAAAGUUAUCACCCAAAAACUGUGCAACCGAAUAUUUAUUCGAAGAUGCAUCUGCUGCAUGCACUGCUGACCCUAUUAUCAGUAUUCAAACAGUCAAUGCCAACAACAACCAUCCAUCAGGAGCUACUAUCAAGGAGGUGGAAAUUGUCAUGACAUCGUCCGACAGCAGGGUUAUUUCGGAACGAAGAAAAUCCCUACCCGAUAUUCCCAAACAAAUAGAUUCCGAGCAGGCCAGGCCAGUCCAGGCCGCCAUCCAACAAAAACCGAACAAAAUAAGUCGAAAGCGCUCUUCUUCCCUAUCAUCUCAAGUAUCCGACGAUAAUGAAGUCGUGGCGCCCGCAGCCAAGUUUCGAGCGGAUAUAUCUACAAUAGACUUUGAGCGGUUGUUUUCGCUGGCGCUCAAGAGUGCCGACCACCAGCUCGACGAUCACUUCUCGAAUUUCGGAAAAAUUAUUGCCCACAAGCUGCGUUCCAUGGAAGCCACCCAAGCUAUAUAUGCGGAGAAAAUAAUCGCUGAUGUUCUCUAUCAGGGCCAGAUGAAAAUGCUCUCCACAUUGAGUAUACACCAGUUCUUGGGCGUAGAUAAUGCAACAGUUUAUGUUGAUAGUCACAGUAAAUAAUUAAUUGUCUUUAAAUGCAUAUAUAAAUUUAUAGAUUUUAUA